GAGUCACCCACUUCGAAGAAUAUUAUCAAGAUUCGAAAUCUCGCCCAUUCACAGUCAACGAGGAGUACCAUCCACGGCAUUUGAAUCAUCUCUCGAAUUUAAGAUCGUAUCUUAGAGAGAAUAUCGAGUUAUCUGAAAUUAUUUCAGCCACUCCAGAUAGCUCCACACAAAGGAAUCCCACCCGAUUACCCCGCUACGCAAAUAUUCUAGCAAACAGAACAGCAAAAACCCACCAGAGGACGACCGCCCAACAUGGCUUCGAACGGUGAUAAGUUUGGAAAUGAUCUGGAAUCCGAAUCCGAUUCUAAUCCAGGAUCCCCUAACCUCGAUGCGCAAGAGGUUGACGACAAUGUAGAGGAUAUUGACGAGAAGCCCAUCAAAUCCGCAUUAAAGAAAUCAUCACAUAAAGAACCUGCGCCAGCUAUUGUUCGACCUACCUUACCACCUCAAACAGAACCAAAAGACUUGGAUGUCAAGUCCCUGACACCACUCACCCCAGAGAUUAUCGCAAGACAAGCAACUAUUAACAUUGGUACUAUUGGACAUGUGGCGCACGGAAAGUCAACUGUGGUGAAGGCUAUCUCUGGAGUACAAACUGUUCGUUUCAAGAACGAGUUGGAGAGAAACAUUACGAUCAAGCUUGGUUAUGCCAAUGCAAAGAUCUACCAAUGCGAUAACAAGGAGUGCCCAAGACCUGGAUGCUUUAGAAGUUAUAAGAGUGAGAAGGAGGUUGACCCACCCUGUGAAAGAGAGGGAUGCAGCGGUACCUAUAGACUUUUGAGACACGUAUCUUUCGUCGAUUGCCCUGGUCACGAUAUUCUCAUGAGUACUAUGUUGUCUGGUGCAGCCGUCAUGGACGCCGCCCUCUUACUUAUUGCUGGUAACGAAACUUGCCCGCAACCACAAACAUCCGAACAUUUGGCAGCUAUCGAAAUUAUGAAGCUCGACAAAGUCAUUAUUCUACAGAACAAGGUCGAUUUGAUGAGAGAAGAAGGCGCAAACCAACAUUACCAAUCGAUAUUGAAGUUUAUCAGAGGAACUGUUGCAGGUGGAGCACCAAUUAUUCCUAUCUCCGCCCAAUUGAAGUUCAACAUCGAUGCCGUCAACGAAGCUCUUGUUUCCAACAUCCCUGUUCCACCAAGAGAUUUCACCAUGGAUCCACAAAUGAUUGUUAUUCGUUCCUUCGAUGUUAACAAGCCAGGUGCUGAAAUUGACGAAUUGAAGGGUGGUGUUGCUGGUGGAAGUAUCUUGCACGGUGUCAUCAAGUUGGGUGAUGAAAUCGAAAUUAGACCCGGUAUCGUUUCUCGCGAUGAGAAGGGAGGUGUUAAGUGUCAACCAAUUUUCAGCAGAAUCAUUACUCUCAACUCGGAGAACAAUGAAUUGAAAUACGCUGUUCCAGGAGGACUUAUUGGUGUUGGUACAAGAAUUGAUCCAACUCUUUGCCGUGCCGAUCGUCUCGUUGGUUUCGUUCUCGGUCUUAAGGGCCGCCUUCCUGACAUCUACAUUGAAAUCGAAGUCAACUACUAUCUGUUGCGUCGUCUUUUGGGUGUCAAGACUGCUGAUGGUAAACAAGCUAAGGUCACCAAGCUCACCAAGAACGAGGUUCUCAUGGUCAACAUUGGAUCUACUGCUACUGGUGCUAAGGUCAUGGCUGUUAAGCAAGAUGCAGCUAAAUUGCUCUUGACCAACCCAGCUUGCACAAACAUCGGAGAGAAGGUUGCGCUAAGUCGUCGUAUUGAAAAGCAUUGGAGAUUGAUUGGUUGGGCCACUAUUGCUGCUGGUGUCACUCUUGACCCAAGCACUUCUUAAGCGAGUGGAUAAGUAGAUGUGUGCAAUAUUUUCACACUUAAAAAGUAGAUAUUCAAGAAGGAAGUCAAAAGGAGAAACGCAGCGAUGUAUUUUGUGACGCAAGUGAUGUGGUGAUCUGAUGAUUGGGUGGAAGGGAAAAAGGUCUCGACAUCUUUGGACUCUUGGCUUAUUCUGGUCUGAUCAUCGCAUGCAUACUUAGUACUCGAGGUCAUGGGAGGUUGAUAGAUUGGGCAUUCAAAAGUUAGCUCGAUAAUGAAAAAAUCUUUUUAACA